AGCAGUUUUCAUGAAAAUAUAAUGAAAAGAUUUUUGGACGAAUCGUUUUUGUUGUAUUCAUUUGUUGGUCGCAGCCUCUGCUAGAUAAAUAAAUGUAAAUGCAAGUGAAACUGUUAUCUCAGAGUGCAUGUUGUACGCUCGUUUUUUUUUUUUUUUUUCUUCCUGUGUUUUGAGUAAUGCAUAUUACCCAAUAACAGCACAGCGUUCUUCAAAAACAUUGCAAAAGCAUUCCUCAUUUAUGACAAGCUUUUGAUGAGCAGAUUUGAAGGUGGAAAAGUUCAUUAUUUACACACUUACCUGCAAGACCGAUAGGAUUAUUAAAAACUGUCCGCACUUCAAGGGUAAAAGAAGCAGAAAAUGGAAAAGUGUGAUGGGAAUUAAAAUACACUGUUAACGCGUUCCGGACAUUCUAUAUUCAACUAUUAAUUCAACUAUAAGCUACUUGUACCUGAAAAGCCUCAGAGACGAUUAUCUCAUUUAUUUAUUUAUUUAUUUAUUCUGGUUUAUGCCUAGAUCUUCGGAAUGUUUUCGAGAGGGGAAAAUGAUGUGCACGAUGACAGACUGGAGAGUGCAUCCAACGCAAAGUCAUCUAGCAAGAGGAAAUGUUGUUUGAAGAUCUUCUACAUUUCUGGCAUUUUAUUUAUUGUUGCCUACUUCAUCUUUAUUCAUAAUUUCCAAAGUGACAUAAAAAAACCUACUAAUCCCAAACCAACCGGACCAAAGAAGGCUAAAGCCUCUGCCCUGCAAAACCAUCAUGAUCUUCCAUCCCCAAUGGCUUGCGGUAUUCCAGUGAAAAACGACAUUGUUGUAAAAGUUGAUGGUGCAAAAGCAUAUUUGAUCGGUUCUUAUGUGGAGCAUAAUUUUGGUGGAAAUGAAAUAAAGACCAUUGCCAUCAUGCUUCGUAAUGAACAAUGGACGUACAGUUGUGUGUUGUGCUGUGAAGGGAAGAAUGUUACUUCACCAGCUAAAUAUUCAAUUCAUUACGACCACUUUGGCUUUGAUUAUGGCACUGCUGAUAUCAUAUGCCCAAUCAAUAGUGCAUGUUCCACACCAACACAUGUUGCAAUUACAGCCAAUGAACUCUCUCAGAGUAUAACAUCCUUCCGACCUAUUAGAAACAGAGACAUUCCAAAAUCCUUGUCUUAUAACUUUACAGUUUGCAUCUCUGUCAUGUAUGACUACAAAAAUGUGUUGAAUUUAGUCCAGGCUAUGGAGAUGUUCAAACUGCUUGGUGUUCAAAGGGUGGCAAUAUAUAAAACCAACUGUGAUUCUGACACACAGAAAGUUCUUGACUACUAUGUGAAAAGUAACUUUAUGGAGAUCAUCCCAUGGAGGGUUACAGACUACAUCAAUGUGUCCAAAGGGUGGAAGAGUAGUGAAUCGGCAGGUGAACUGCACUACUAUGGGCAAAUUCCUGCACUUAAUGACUGUGUUUAUCGUUACAUGUAUCAAAGUCAAUAUGUUGCUCUACAGGACAUUGAUGAAUUAAUUCUGCCGCUUAAGGUGAAAACCUGGACAGAACUGUUGCCUGAGCUUGAGAAAAGUUAUGGUACUGAUGUGGGCUUUGAGUUUGAGAAUAAUGUAUUCUCUUUCCAGGCAAAGGUUCAAACGGAGUAUGAGAGGAAAGGUUGGAAAAAUAUACAGGGAGCAAACAUUUUGCAAUAUGUUGAUCGAAUACCCAACGACCCCUCCAGUUUCAACAACUUCAAAAUUUUAGUAAAUCCUCGUUUAGUUUCUCAGGUUACUGUCCAUGGACUGCUGAAAACGGUGAAUCCGAACAAAUUUACAAUACGUGUUGAUCACAACAUUGCCCGUCUGUACCAUUUCAAAGAUUUUCCAUGCCCAGCAAACAUGGAGCUUAUAAGAGACAAGCGUCACUUGGAUUAUGCUGAAGAUCUAAUGACAGCUGUUUCUAGGGUUUUACUAGAUUGUGGAUUUAUUAAAAACGAGGUGCCAGGGGGACUGGGUAGCUCAGCGAGCCCUGGAGUCACGAGUUUGUAUCCAGGGCAUGCUGAGUGACUCCAGCCAGGUCUCCUAAGCAACCAAAUUGGCCCGGUUGCUAGGGAGGGUAGAGUCACAUGGGGUAACCUUCUCGUGGUCACGAUUAGUGGUUCUCACUCUCAAUGGAGCUCAGGUGAUUGAGGUGAGCAACCGCAUCACCACGAGGACCAACUAAGUAAAUGGGAAUUGGGCAUUCCAAAUUGUGAGAAAAGAGGAUUAAAAAAAAAUAAAUAGGCACCAAAAUCUCAGCUAUAUAGGCAUAUGUUCAAUUUCAAGCUCAAAUGAUUGUCAUGAAGACAUUUUUAAAUUUUUUUCCAAAUGCCCUAUUAAAAAGAGUGUAAAAUCUUUUGAUGUUAAAAUUUCUCCUACUGAAAUCAGACCGUGCUAACUGAAAUUCAUUGGCCGAACUGGAACUUGCAAGCUCCAGUUUCAGGGUGAAAUGUCCCCAAAAGUGAGUUUUUGAUUUUUGUUGUAAAUUAUGUAUUAAAGUCAAUGCAGAUUUUAUUAACUCUACUCCCAAACCCAAACUUUAAACAUAGCUGUCAGUGGAGACAUAAUUUUUAAGUGAAACCAUAUGAUGAGAAAUAUCUCUCUGUUUGUGUUUGGGGCCCAACUCAGCAACAUUGACUCAACCAAUGGCAUACAUUUGAACCAGGACUAUCAACAAUUUAGUUUACAAUGCUACAAGGAAAAAAUGUAUUGUAACUUUAUUUUUUGCAAUUCCAUUUGAUGGCUCAGAAACAACUGAAAUAGAUAGUUUAACCAAUAAUGAUAAUUCUCUCAUCACUCAUACACUGUAAAAAAAACAAAAUCUGGCAGCUGUGGUUGCGAGAAUAAUUAUGUAAAAUAUACAGUUAAAAUGUAAACCACUUUACAGAACAACCUGUACAUUUUACAGUUUAAAAUGGUUAUAAUUUACACACUGGCACUGUAAAAACAAAUAGAAAAUUUUUGUUAGUUUUACAGUAAAAAAAAUUCAUAAACAUGCCUUCUGAAACUGUAAAAAACUGUUGGUUACUUAUAGGCAUUUAUUAAUCAGUAACUACAGAAGGGCACAUGAUGACAUUCAUUUCAUCAUUAGUGGCUCUUUCAGGAGCAGUGACCAAUAAACAUAUAGUGACAGAAUUCAGAGUCAACACUAAACACAAACUCACUCACACAAACACUAAACACCAUCAUGGUAACACAUGUGAGAUUUAAAUGAUGCAGUAAACAUGAACUAAAUUACAUCAGAUAUAACACAGAACACCCCAUUGUACAUAACUGAUAUUAAAAAUAUGAUGAAACAUAACUAUUACCAUAAAAUAUAAUGAAAUGUAAUGGGUCAUGCAGGGAAUUGUGGGAUCGCCAGAUUACUGAUUUUGUACUGUAAUUUUAACAAUAGUUUACUGUAAUAAAGUGCAUGUACUCUCUUGUUCUUUUUACCAUACAGGAAAAUAUUUUUACAUUUAAAAAAUUUUAAGUUUAAUUUUAUUGUGAAAACUACUGUAUUGUCUUUUAAAAUAUAUUAAAACAUGUUACUGUAUAUUUUACAGUUA